AUGCCUGACAUUUCCGUCGACGUUCUGGUCAUAGGUGCUGGCCCAACCGGCUUGGGCGCUGCCAAAAGACUCAAUCAGAUUAAUGGCCCAUCAUGGAUGAUUGUCGAUUCAAACGAGACUCCUGGCGGUCUGGCUUCCACCGACGUGACCAAAGAAGGAUUUCUCUAUGAUGUCGGUGGCCAUGUCAUCUUCUCCCACUACAAAUACUUCGACGACUGCAUUGACGAGGCGCUGCCGAACGAAGACGAUUGGUAUACCCACCAGAGAAUAUCCUAUGUUCGAUGCAAAGGUCUAUGGGUGCCAUAUCCAUUUCAAAAUAAUAUCUCGAUGUUGCCCAAGGAAGAUCAGGUGGUGUGCAUGGACGGACUGAUUGACGCCGCUUUGGCAGCAAGAGUCGCAAAUACCAAACCCCAGAAUUUUGACGAAUGGAUCCUGCGUAACACGGGUGUUGGCAUCGCAGAUAUUUUCAUGAGACCUUACAACUUCAAAGUGUGGGCUGUUCCCACCACCAAGAUGCAGUGUCAAUGGCUAGGCGAGCGCGUGGCAGCUCCAGAUCUCAAGGCUGUCACCAAAAACGUCAUACUCCAGAAAACCGCAGGCAACUGGGGCCCGAACGCCACCUUCAGAUUUCCAGCGCGAGAUGGCACGGGCGGCAUCUGGAUUGCCGUUGCUAAGACUCUCCCGGAAGAGAAGAAGCGCUUUGGAAAGAAAGGCACUGUCAAGAAGGUCAACGCCGACAAGAAACAAGUCCUCUUGGCCGAUGGCACCACCGUCCACUAUGAGAGACUCAUCAGCACCAUGUCUAUUGACUACUUGGCAGAGGCCAUGGAGGACGAGAAACUGAUCAGCUUGUCCAAGGGCUUGUUCUAUAGUAGCACUCAUGUCAUCGGUGUGGGCAUCCGAGGUACACGUCCCGAACGAAUUGGCGACAAGUGCUGGCUUUAUUUCCCCGAGGACAACUGCCCUUUCUAUCGUGCGACCAUAUUUUCCAACUAUUCCCCCUACAACCAGCCGCAAAAGAAUGUCAAGCUGCCCACGUUACAACUUGCCAACGGAUCUCGGCGCCAGAGUAUGCAGGCGAAAGAGGGGCCCUACUGGUCAAUCAUGCUGGAGGUGUCUGAGUCCAGUAUGAAACCAGUCGACCAAGACACCCUUCUCAAAGACUGCAUCCAGGGUUUGGUGAACACCGAGAUGCUGAAGCCCGACGACGAAAUUGUCUCGACCUAUCAUCGCCGCUUCGAUCAUGGUUAUCCUACACCAACUUUGGAGCGAGAAGGAGUGCUCAAGCAGAUGCUACCGGCUCUUUUGGAGAAAGGUAUCUACAGCCGCGGACGGUUCGGGUCCUGGAGAUACGAGGUGGGCAACCAAGACCAUUCCUUCAUGCUUGGUGUCGAAGCCGCCGACAACAUCAUCAACGGAGCGGUAGAGUUGACACUCAACUACCCCGACUUUGUCAAUGGGCGGCAGAACACAGAACGAAGACUGGUGGAGGGGGCAGCACUGUUUGGCAAGAAGGCAGGGAAUGGCAAAGUUGUGGUUGGUCGUCGUAUGACUGGCGGCAAGACGGAGCUGGGUGGGCGAAUGGAGACCAGCGGGAAAGAGGCAUUGAAUGCCAGCGGCGGGACAGCGACUGCAAUGAAGGACGGUAACUCGAGGGUUCUGAACCGCAACUGGUAA